GGCCCGCCGUGCGCGCGGCCUAGCGGUCUCCCCAGUUUAUUGGGAGUGCGACGGGCGGGAUUUUGCAGUUAGGCUGAGCUCAGUUCUCAGUGUCAGUUACCCGGGCAGGACUUUGUUUACUCAGGGCGGUGAUUCCCACGGCGGGGGGCGGGGGUAGCGCGAGGCGCUGAGGGAUCCUGGACCUUGUCCCACCCCGAGAGAAGAGAGUUUGCCUAGCUGAGGUCAAACGCGUAGCUCCCCAGUCCCAGAGAGUAGGGGCAGAAUGGACCGGCUCCUAACGCCCAGAGAAUCCGCCAAAUUCAUUGCAGAAAACAGUCGGGAUGUGUUCAUUGACAGCGGAGGCGUACGGAGGGUGGCCGAGUUGCUGUUGGCCAAGGCGUCGGGGCCUGAGCUAGGCGUGGAGGGGUGGAAAGCCCUUCACGAGCUGAACCCCAGGGCGGCAGAUGAGGCAGCGGUCAACUGGGUGUUCGUGACAGACACGCUCAACUUCUCCUUUUGGUCGGAGCAGGACGACCACAAAUGUGUGGUGGUGUACAAGGAAAGAAAGUACACUGGGUAUUGGUCCCUGUGUGCCGCAGUCAACAGAGCCCUCGACGAAGGGAUACCAUUAACUAGCGCCUCGUACUAUGCCACAGUGACCCUGGAUCAGGUUCGCCAUAUAUUUCGUUCUGACACCGACGUUCCCAUGCCUUUGAUGGAAGAGAGACAUCGGAUUCUCAAUGAAACCGGGAAAAUUCUGCUGGAGAAGUUUGGAGGCUCUUUUAUUAAUUGUGUGCGAAAAAGUGAAAAUAGUGCACAGAAGUUAAUGAACUUGGUUGUCGAAAGUUUUCCUUCUUACAGAGAUGUGACGCAGUUUGAGGGGAAAAGAGUUUCUUUUUACAAACGAGCCCAAAUCCUUGUAGCAGAUACGUGGAGUGUAUUAGAAGGAAAAGGAGAUGGCUGCUUUAAGGAUAUUUCCAGUAUCACCAUGUUUGCUGACUAUAGAUUACCUCAAGUUCUUGUUUACCUUGGAGCCCUGAAAUACUCUGAUGAACUACUGAAGAAGCUUCUUAAAGGAGAGAUGCUCUCGUAUGGAGAUAAGCAAGAGGUAGAAAUCAGAGGGUGCUCUCUUUGGUGUGUUGAGCUCAUCCAGGAUUGUCUUCUGGAACUUAUUGAAAAAAAGGGUGAAAAACCUAAUGGAGAGAUCAAUUGCAUUCUUCUGGAUUAUUACUUAUGGGACUAUGCCCGUGACCAUAGGGAAGAUAUGAAAGAAAUUCCAUUUCAUCGUACACGUUGCAUAUAUUAUUGACCCCAAGGGUAAACUAAUCCAGAGAAAAUCCCCUGCAUGUUUAUAACAUACAAUAAUUUGUACAGUUUUGCAUUGAUAUUCAGAGAAGGUGAUAGAAGUUAUAGGAAUGAAAAAUAUUGAUUAUCAAGUCUCACUUUAAAUUUUUUUUCCUGUGCCUAUAGCACAGUGCCUGUAGCACAGUGGUUAUAGUACCAGCCACAUACACUGAGCCUGGCGGAUUUGAACGCAGCUUAGGCCAGCUAAACAACAAUGACAACUGCAACAAUAACAAAAAUAGUUGGGCAUUGUGGUGAGUGCCUGUAGUCCCAGCUACUUGGGAGGCUGAGACAAGAGAAUCACUUAAGCCCAAGAGUUUGAGGUUGCUGUGAGCUGUGAUGCUACAGCACUCUACCGAGGGUAGCAUAGUGAGACUCUGUCUCAAAAAAAAAGAAAAUAAUAAAAUAAAAUUUUUUUCCUGACAUAUCACUGUGUAUUCCCAACCUUAUCAUUUGUAUGCUUGUCCAGUUUUGACUGUAUUUUCUUGUCUUGAACAUGUAGUUGAUAGAAAUAGUGGAAGAACUUUAGUGUAUUCUUUAAAUCUCGAUUUUUAAAAAUUAAUCAAGCUUUGUAUGACUAAUCUUCAGUGAUAAUAUUUAAUUUGUUCCCUUGAUAUCUUUUCUCAAGUUAUAGUAAAUUUCUAUAUGCCUUAAUCAUUUGUUAUAAAAGAGAGGUUUUUGAUGUAUGAAUGCUGUCACUCUUGUAAAAAUCACCAUUGACACCGUAUUUUAAAUUUUUUAUAGUGAGUUUUGUACUUCAUGAUUUUCAAUUUAGGAUAUCUGUCUAGUUUUUUUCCUUUCCAGAGUAACUCCAUUGGAACUGAAUAAAGAUUCAAAACUUUCCUUAAACCUGGAAUGAAUUAUUUCAUUAAAAUAGAAUUUACCACAUAUAAUUUAAAAGGCUAACAGUAGAUUAGAUUAUUUACUUUUUUGUUGUAGAACUUUAUUUACCUAUCAAGCACUCAUUUCCCAUCUCCUAACAGAAUCUUGACUUUAUUAGGUAUCUACCUUUCUUGUAGUGACUGAAAUCAGGAAAAGGUACCUUUUCCUCAAGCACUUUACUGCCAUCUUCUGGAAAUUUGUCAUAAUAACCUUACAAAUGACAAUGACUAUGGACAACCAUAAAGACUGGUCCUGUGUCUAUUCCUCCUCUGUGUGACUCAGGGGAAGGUGAUCUCAUUCCCAGUAAUGGACAUUAAUCUUUUACAGUUGAAUUUUUUUU